CCAUCAGUUUGUCUUCGCGCCGCAAGCAAAGUGAAAGCAAUCCGCCAUGUUCGUCGCCAAGAUUUUGCUACUGUGCACCGCCUGUGUGCUGGUCAGUGCCACGCCCCACGGAUUUGGGGGACCCAUGAUAUUGGGCGGCCCCAGGACUCUGGAGGGUGAGGAUCUGGCCGCGGCCCAGCAAACCCUACAGUCAUCCCUGACUAAGCUGGCCACUGGCGAUGGACCCCACUACCGCAUCUCAAGGAUCCUUUCGGCAUCGGUACAGGUAGUUGCCGGCUCCAAACACGUUUACUCCGUGGAGCUGAUCGACAACAAGGGUGCCACCAAAGUGUGCGAUGUGGAAAUUUGGUCCCGAUCCUGGCUUGAGAACGGAAUCGAAGUGACCUUCAAGUGUCCCAACGAACCAGAACUGGUUAAAAAACAUAGUGCAUAAAUAAAUGUUAUUGUUUAAACCUUCUAGCAA